UACCCCCAGGGGCAAGUACGCGGUGGUACGUCGCGCGCACCGCACGGUGCACGUGGCCGGAGGAGGUACACGACAGGAGUGGUACGCUGCCAAGUACCAGCGGAAGCAGCGCCGUGGCACCAACGUACGCCACGGCAUCCUGCACGAGGCCGCCGUGCUAUAUCUGCUGCGCCACCACGACAGCUGUAUACAGCUGCGCGGCCUGUACGAGACGCAGCACGAGAUGAUACUGCUGCUACAGCUGGCCCCCCACGGGGAGGUGCAGCGUCUGGUGGACGAGGCCCCCGCGGGGGUGGGGGAGGCCGUGGCCCUCCAGUGUGUGAGGGACACACUGCGGGCCCUUAUGGCCCUCCACACCCUCAACCUGGCCCACCUCGACCUCAAGCCCCCCAUCCAAAGUGGGUCAUCCAAAGGUGGGUCAUGUCCUCAUCCAAUGGCCCCCCACGGGGAGGUGCAGCGUCUGGUGGACGAGGCCCCCGCGGGGGUGGGGGAGGCCGUGGCCCUCCAGUGUGUGAGGGACACACUGCGGGCCCUCAUGGCCCUCCACACCCUCAACUUGGCCCACCUCGACCUCAAGCCCCCCAUCCAAAGUGGGUCAUCCAAAGGUGGGUCAUGUCCUCAUCCAAUGUGGGUCAUCCCCAACCCCUCCACCAAGCCCACCCUCUAUAUCGUCCCCCCUCCUGGGGAACCUGGGCUGCUGCAGCUGCAGCCUGCAGUUCUGGACAAGCUGUUAUGUGAAGAACCUAUCUCUGACCACCUCACCGUAGAACCUCAGCCCUUCGCCAGAACUUAUUUCAAGCAGCAGCAUGGGCACGUGGAGCUACGUGAGGUGCUGGGCACGUGGAGCUACGUGAGGUUCUGGGCACGUGGAGCUACACCCACUUUUGCUGACCCGGCAGCCCCGGAGGUGCUGCAGUACGAGCCCAUCAGCCUGGCUACGGACAUGUGGUCGGUGGGUGUGCUGGCGUACGUGCUGCUCUCCGGCCACUCCCCCUUCACGGGGGACACCAAGCAGGAGACCUUCCUCAACAUCACCCAGGGGGACCUGGACUUCCCUGAGGACUUGUUUGGGGACGUCAGUCCUGCCGCCAUGGACUUCAUCUCAGCCCUCGUACAACUCAACCCCAGCUGCCGACUGUCAGUGGAGCAGGCGCUGCAUCACCCCUGGUUCAGCGGGUUCGCCUCCCUUCCCCCCACUGUGGGGGACACACAGCCUCCCGUGGGGGUCGGACAGACCCCCGUGGGGGUCGAACAGCCCCCCGUGGGGGUUGUUUACUCCGCGGCUACUUCGUCAGACGACGAACAUUUCCGGCUGAGCCCUAGCAAUGGUCACGCCGCGGCCAGAAACGGUGCUUUGGCUCUAGGAAAUUCCAGUGAUGAGGUUGAAAACAGCAGUAAAAGGGUUGAAAAUGGAGGUAAAAGGGUUGAAAAUGGCAAUGAAAGGGUUGAAAAUGGUGGUAAAUUGGUUGGAAACGACAGUAAAGGGGUUGAAAAUGGUGGUGAAGUGGCAGAAAAUAAUGUAAAUGAUGAGGAACCAACACGCGUGGGAGCUUCAAUUGGGACAACAAAAGGCCUCAUCCCUUCCGAUGUGGGACGUAAGUCCACUGCCAUCACUGGGAACAUUUCAGAUGCUUGCACAGAAAAGAAGGUAACAUCGAAGUCCACUGAAGUCCACAACUUCCAGGAAUCUGGAACUGAAAUUGUCUUCACGUCUACCUACGAUAACCUCAAUGUUGCCGGUUCUGGCGCAUCUGCUGCAGGUGCUGAGAUGUCUGCACCUGCAGCUGUAGAUGGUUAUGCUGUACCCAUUGCAGCUGAGUGUGCCGCUGCACCUGUUGCACCUGCUACACCUGUUAUCCUCGAGUCAGUUACAACAAAUGCCACGGUAGCUGCAGCUGAUGACCUGCCGCAGUUGUCAGAAGACGUACAGAACAUGUGCACCUCCAGAGCCACCAUUAACUUUGCCCCCUCUAACGUAUCUAAAAACAUGGUCCCUUCUCCCUCCAGUUCUGCUAAACCCAAACUGCCCCCCAAACCUUCUAAAAUCUCCACUCCCGCCGCGCCUGCAGAUUCUGGUACUAAAAAGAACCCAAUAAGCAAACCGCCUGUGGCCCGGAAACCGGUUCUGCCUGCCUAUUGCAAACUAAGGUUCCCAGAGUCAUCACCGAAGCCUGUCAGUACUAAGAACUCGAGACCGCCGUCCACUGAGAACCGUGUUGGUUCUUCCAGGUCGCCUGAAGGUUCUUCAGUUUUGUCGAGACGGAACAGCAACUCCCCAAGUUCUCGUUCCCCUAGAACUAGUCCCCAGCUCCCUAGAAGGUUCUCACAAACAACUGAUGGUUCUUCCCGAGGUUCUUCCCCUUGCAAUGCCAGGAACAACGAUAGUUCUGAUUGUGCUGGGAAGAACCUAUCUGAUGGGGAUUUGGCUCCAAAGGACAUCUCUAGCCCCAAACAGCCUCCUGGGGGAUCACCGACCCCCGGGAGGAGAUAUACGUCCCCCAAACAAUCCCCUUCCCCGUCCCGGAAACACUCAGGUUCCUCUCGAAGGUCCUUUGAGUCUCCCCCUGUCUGUAGGAGGUCGUGGCCUGCAGCCGACAGACGGUCUCCCCCUGCAUCCUCAUCCCAAAAUGGGGAAGCCACAAUAUUUUCUAGAAGCCACAACUCCCCACCUGCAACGUCAUCCCGUCGCAGUCUAGAAGGAUGUGAAUCAGGAGAUCGCCCCAACUCCAGAAGCCAGCACUCAACCUCUUCCUCACCAUCUGAGGAUGAAAGUCUCAAAGACUCCACCACUGGAAGCCCUCAUCGGCUGUCCAGAAGCUGCACCCACACCCCAUCCUCCUCCCCAAGUGUGGCCAGAAGUGUCCACGUAUCACGUCGCACCCAAGCCUCCCCCACGAGGCAUUUGUCCCGCAGGUUCGAGGAGUCCCCCACCAGGAACUGUUGCCGCCCACGUCUGCUGGAGGGCAGUGCAGGGGAACCCAGUCUGAGGGCAGCCUCUCCGUCUCCAACCCGCACCAUCACCUCCGUCAUCACCAAAACCCCCGCCACCACCACCACCAUCAGCGCCCGAUCCCCCAGAAGUAUUUUCUCCAGGAACGUCGAGGCCCUUCAUAACGGGUCUCCCACGUACCAGCCUCUUAAGGGUAAUUCAAUAUCCAAGUGCUCGUCUUCAUCAGGGGUGAACCACAGCGAUACUGCUGGUGCCCGGUCUCUCGAUGCAGUUUCUGCCACAAAAGUGGGUCCAGGAGGUGCGGCAACCCCCAACGGGCUGUCCCCUGCCAGCCGUAAGACCCCGUCUCACUCGCCCCCCAUGUUCCAGCCUGCGCCUAAGAAGUCCAACACAGUGUCUGAUUUUUUCUCCAGCACUAACGGCCUGCAUGGCCGGGAAUAUGAGAAACGUGAUGGAGAACAGUUGCCUUUCGUCGGUAACAACCCCAGCGGUAUUCCCCGAGGGGAUCAGGACGCUAAACCGCAUCAUGUACUGAGGACUAACAGGGGUUCACUUGAUGGGGAUCAAAGAGUACUACGAUCCCCAUUGGGACAACGACAAUCCCCCACUCCCACACACAACAAAAUUGGGAAGCCCACUCCAUCCAGUCACGAGAGCAGGCCGUUACACUCGAGUCAUGUAGCCCAGCCUCCCGUCCUUAGCCUCUCCAAGCCCAGGCUAGUCCCUAGACCCUCUCCGACCACCACUAAACCCCUCCCCAAACCCCGUCCUGCCCAUUUAAGCAUCAAGACUCCUACCCCCGAAACAGUGCAUUGUCCUCCAGUGACGUCAUGCUUUGCAGUGUUCUCAACCACAUCAUUAUCCUCCCCAGAGAAUUCCAUCCACAACUCGUUCUCUUCAUCCUCACAUUCCAGUGGGUCCAUUCCGUCCCGUCCUUGCAUGUCCCCGUCCAGUACGUCAUCUUCCUGCUCUGAUUUUAGCUACGCCAAGCCCUGGAAAGAUAACGUGGUCUCUCCUGCCUCGUUUUCUUUGAAGCUGGACAAAGAAAACGACCGCAACGCGCUCAACAGCCCCACCGAGAGCCACAAGAACAUCAGUUGGCGCGCUGACGCCGUCACGAGCGGAGGUCGUGUGUCGCUCGUCUCCGCUGGCGGCGAUGCAGAUGACGAAUCUGUAAUGGAUGUUGAUCAAUAUUCAUCGAUGGAAACUGACGAAGCUCCAUACCGGGGCGGUAUAUCGUAGUGCUAGAACCGUCCCAUAGAACUCCAGGCAAUAACGUUUUUUCUAUAUAAACCAUAUAUGUUUUCUGGAAUUAAAAAAUGUUGAGACACGCAAAAAUGGACGAAAAAAAAAUCGCUGGAAACCGUGACGAUGUAUAAAAUGUCUUUAUUGUGUAUUUAUUCUAUUACAGUCGUUAAGAAUGUACCAUUUAUACAACCACACAAAUAUUCUUCUAUUUCUGUAUCUUUUCCGCUGUAUUUCUUGCAUAUUAUUCACCAGCCUUGAUAUGUGGAUCGUUUAGUCUGUUUAUUUUUAAAUAA